CAUUUCUGUCGUAUUUUCCUCGGAGUUUACUCGAAUUUUCCUCGAAUUUCUCUUGUCACUUCAUCAAGCCACCAUGGUUAAACGCAUCUUCAAAGACGUGCCCUAUAAGCCAGUUGACAAUGGGCGCCUCUUUACCAUUGGAAGAGAUCGUGGCUUCAAUAUAUCCGCCUGGCCCAUAUUCCGUCGAGAGUGUCCGCCAGAAAUCAUGGCAUUGGCACUAGAGGUACCAUCACCCAGGAGGCGCUGCCAUGGCGCCAGGUCCAGAAGAUUGAGGAGACGGGAAAUUCUAGACCAGGAGAUGCAGCAUGAGACUGGGCCGCUGAUGAACAAUGAUUUCGAAGAAAGUACCGUCAUGGGGAAUGGCUAUAAUAUGAUGGAAAAUAGCCUCAAUGAAAACGUGGUGGAACAACCUAAGAUCAUACAACACCUAGAGUUUCCGGCAGACUUAAUGGAACUUGAACCCCAGUUGUUAGUUGAGAUAAAUAUGGAUUUAUCCGGUGAUGUACGUAUGGAGGAUGCAAAUGAAACUGAUGAAAUGCAGAAUCUACAUAUGGAGGGAGAGAUACAGGGCUAUGAAGAGCCGAAGAAUGAGUAUUAUGAGGAAAAAGGUGAAUAUGAGGAGAAACAGGGGGAUUAUUUAUUAAAUGAAGAAAAUAAAGUUGCUUAUAAUAAGAAGGAGAAUAAAUAUUAUCAGGAAGAAGGUGAAUAUGAUGAACAAAUGAAUGAGAAUCUGCCAAUUGGCAAUGAAGUUGAAGAGAAAAAGAAAGUCCCUUAUAAUAAGGAGAAUGAGUAUUAUGAGGAAGAAGGUGAAUAUAAUGACGAAAUUAAUGAGAAUCAGCCAAUUGGCAAUGAAGUCAAAGAGGAAGAGAAAGUCUCCUAUAAUGAGGAGAUGAAUGAGUAUUAUGAGGAAGAAGGUGAAUAUGAUGACGAACAGGUCGAUGAUUUAGAAAUUAAAGAAACCGACGAGGGACAGAAAGUAUUUUAUAAUGAGCAGGAGAAUGAGUAUUAUCAGGAAGAAGUUGAAUAUGAUGAACAAAUGUAUGAGAAUCUGCCAAUUGGCAAUGAAGUCGAAGAGAAAGAGAAAGUCCCUUAUAAUAAGGAGAAUGAGUAUUAUGAGGAAGAAGGUGGAAAUGAUGACGAACAAGUCGAUGAUUUAGGAAAUAAAGAACCCAAAAAGAAAGAGAAAGUAGCUUAUAAUGAGGAGCAGAAUGAGUAUUAUCAGGAAGAAGUUGAAUAUGAUGAACAAAUGUAUGAGAAUCUGCCAAUUGGCAAUGAAGUCGAAGAGAAAAAGAAAGUCCCCUAUAAUCAGCAGCAGAAUGAGUAUUAUCAGGAAGAAGGUGAAUAUGAUGACGAACCAGUCGAUGAUUUAGGAAAUAAAGAAACCAAAAAGCAAGAGAAAGUAGCUUAUAAUGAGGAGCAGAAUGAGUAUUAUCAGGAAGAAGGUGAAUAUGAUGAACAAAUGAAUGAGAAUCUGCCAAUUGGCAAUGAAGUCGAAGAGAAAGAGAAGGUCCCCUAUAAUGGGGAGCAGAAUGAGUAUUAUGAGGAAGAAGGUGAAUAUGAGGAGAAACAGGGGGAUUAUUUAUUAAGUGAAGAAAAUAAAGUUGCUUAUAAUAAGAAGGAGAAUAAAUAUUAUCAGGAAGAAGGUGAAUAUGAUGAACAAAUGAAUGAGAAUCUGCCAAUUGGCAAUGAAGUCGAAGAGAAAGAGAAAGUCCCCUAUAAUGAGGAGCAGAAUGAGUAUUAUCAGGAAGAAAGUGAAUAUGAUGACGAGCAAGUAGAUGAUUUAGGAUAUAAAGAAACCAACGAGGGAAAGAAAGUAUCUUUUAAUGAGCAGGAUAAUGAGUAUUAUGAGGAUGAAGGUGAAUAUUAUGACGAACAGGUCGAUGAUUUAGGAAAUGAAGAAGCCAACGAGGGAGAAAAAGUAGCUUAUAAUGAGGAGAAGAAUCUGUAUUAUGAAGAAGAAGGUGAAUAUGAGGAAGAUCAACCAAUUGAAAAUGAAGUCCAAGAGGUAGAAGAGGAUACGAAUUUGGGAGAAGGUGAAUAUGAAAUGGAUGAUACAGAUAAAAAGAUUGACGAAGAGCAUAAUGAGGAAGAGAAAGCCUAUAAUGCCGAAGAGGAUGAGUUUUUUAAUGAAGAAGGUGAAUAUGAGCUAGAACAGGAAGAUGAAUAUGAUGACGAUCCGUUGACAGAUGAAUAUGAUGACGAUCCGUUGACAGAUGAAUAUGAUGACUAAAAAUGUGAAAAAGAAUAUAGAGAAAAAGAUUAAAAAGAACAGAAAAAAAAGAACCCAGUAUCUCAAAAAAAAAGCCUUAGAAGCUAACAUUGAAGUCUGAAGAAAGAAAAUGAACAUAACAUAGAAACCCAGUAUCUCAAAAAAGCCUUAGAAAUUAACAUUGAAGUCUGAAGAAGUAAAUAAAUGUAUUAUUUGAUUUAAUUUAUGUUAUUAGCAAGAAACA